AUGAGUAAGAUAUUACAUUUUUUACCUAGACAUAGAGGUAAAACAAUUGGUGUUUUAAUUAUUUUAGUAAUUUUCCUUCAUACUAUUUGGAAUUAUUCUUCUGUCUCAUCUGAUAUUUAUGAUUUAGAUAGAUUCCAAGAUGACACACUUAAUGAACAACAGCAACAGCAACAGCAAAAGCUACAAUCUGGAUUAGGAUCAGGUCAAGUAAUUGAUGAUAGACCAGAUUUAGAUAAACCAGAGUUUGAUAACCAGUUACUUGAACAACAACAACAAAAAGAAGAAGAAGAAGAAGAAGAAGAAGAAAAAUCAGCUAAACCAUCUUCAGGUGCAUCAUCAUCAUCAUUAGUGGAAGAUCAUGAUUCUGUUGAUCAUCUGAUUAAUGAACCAAUUAUGAAACCAGUUAAUGCUCAUGUAUUUUGGAAACGUAUAUUUGAAAUUUUUGAUAACUAUAAAUUGGAUCUUGGAGCAGAACCAAAACAGGCGGUUAAUUACAUUGAUAAAUCAAAACACAAACCAGGUGAGAAAAAUAAAGAUGUUUUAUUAUCAAAAGCAGAAGUAUCAUCAAAUUUAAUUGAUCAAUUAAAACAAAAACAUCAUGGAGUAGUUGAAGAUUUACCAGAAAUGAUGCCUGAAUCAGUUUAUAAAAAAGAUUCUAAAGGGGUUGUUAUUAUUGGUGGAGGAAGAUUCUCAUGGUUAGCUUAUUUAGCUGUUGUUGCUCUUAGAGAAACUGGAUCAAAUUUACCAGUUGAAAUUAUUAUGCCUACUAAAAAAGAUUAUGAAAGAGAAAUUGAAUUUUGUGAAAAAAUUUUACCUGAUUUAAAUGCUGGAUGUGUUGUUGUUGAUGAUGUUUUAGGUGAAGCAGUUAUGAAGGAUAGAAAGUUUUCAACUUAUCAAUUUAAAGCAUUAGCUUUAAUUGUUUCAUCAUUUGAACAUAUUUUAUUAUUGGAUUCUGAUAAUAUGAUUGUUUCUAAUCCUGAUAAAAUCUUUGAAAGUAAACUUUAUAAUGAUUAUGGAAUGAUUACUUGGCCAGAUUAUUGGAAACGUACAAUUUCUCCAAUUUAUUAUGAUUUAGCCCAAAUUGAAGUUAAUGAAAAUAAGAGAAUUAGAUAUGAUAGAUUCCCAUUAUAUAUUCCACCAGGAACAACUGCUAAUCUUGAAGGUGUUGAUAAACCUUCAGUACCAUUCCAUGAUUUGGAAGGAGCCAUUUCUGAUUUAUCUACCGAAUCGGGUCAAUUGAUUAUUAAUAAAAGAACUCAUGGUGAGACUAUAUUAUUGGCAUUAUAUUAUAAUAUGUAUGGACCUAAUUUAUUCUAUAAGUUAUUUUCAUUAGGUGAACAAGGAGAAGGAGAUAAAGAUACAUUUGUUGCAGCAGCAGUUGUAUCGGGACAAGAUUAUUACCAAAUUAAAUCAUUUAUUAAAACAUUUGGAUAUUUUGAUAAUGAUGGAAAAUUCCAAGGUGUUGCUAUGGGACAAAAGAAUCCUUUAAUUGAUUUUGAAGAAUAUGAAAAUAAUAUAUUGAAGAAAUUUAUGGAAGAUGAAACUACUAAACAAUUAAGUAUACCUGAACAAAUUGAAAAAUUAAAAGAAUAUGAAAAAGGAAUAUUUUCCCAAACAAAUGAAAUUCCAUUAUUUACAAUCCAUUGUAAUUAUCCAAAACUAGAUCCAUUACAAUAUAUGUCAAGAGAUGAUAUUUAUGAUUCUGGUAACAAAAAAAUGAGAUAUAAAUUAUAUAAUGGAUUAUCAUAUUCUAAAGAAGAAUUAAGAAAUGGAGAAUUAGAGAAAGUUGAAGUUGAUUUUGAAUAUGAACAAUGGACUCGUAUUCAUGAUAUUUUAUGUGUUAAAAGAAUUCAUUUUGCUCAUUUUAUUGAUAAAGAUAUGACUGAAAUCUGUGAAUUUGUAAAUAAUCAAAUCAAAUGGUUAAGUAAUACUGAGUAA